AUGAUUGUAAUGUAUGUUGUCGAGUGUAACAACACGGCACACGGCACUGGUCCCGUCAACCCCGCGUCCGCAACUUCUUCCUGGUCUUCAUUCUCUGUCCUGGUCAAACCCUCCGUUCUCAAUACUACGAAUGACACCAUGUCGUUUCUUCCGUCCUUCCUCUUCCCCACCUUGGCCCCUUCCCCUCCUCUGUCGACUAUUGAGAAGGUCCUAUCCGAUGAUUACCUUCUCUCGCUCGUGCUGCGAUCGCUGACGCGCGACUCCUUCCAUUACGCGCUUGUCUCCAAGCGGUGGUACGCCGCAGCGCGGUUCUCGCUCGCGCACCUCGUUAUCAAAUCCAAGAUCCGAUUUCCCGUUCUCCUAGACACGAUUCGCACCUUUUCCUCGCUCACGCGCCUAGAGCUUCAAGAAUGUCGCGUUCAAGAUUCGAACGGCGAUGCUCUCUUCCAAUGCCUGAGCGCCGCGUGUCCGCAUUUGACACAUCUGACCAUACACUACCAGUUUCGCAUGCACGUCACUUGCAACGGCCUCUCGUCUCUCUUUCAUGGCUGUCGCAAGAUUCGCGACCUCCGCCUACUCACCCUCCACUCUCUCCCGCACCUCCCGUCCGCCGUCACUCUCCUCUCCGACCUGAGAACCCUCCAUCUCUGCCGCUGCUACGAGUAUUAUGGCGUGGAUCGAUUCGAGCAUAUAAUGUCGCCGCCUGAAAGCAUCGGCGCGCUUCAGCAGCUACAGGAAUUCCGCGUUAUAACAGGAUCGCAGUUCCGAGGUCUCCCGGAUGCCAUCAGCAGCCUCACGAACCUCCGAAGCUUGACCUUUUCCAACCGCUCCUUCUCUCAACUACCCACCUCCAUUGCUGACUUACCGCAUCUGCAAACCCUAAAGAUCGAGAUGGAUAAGUUAAAGGUGAUUCCGGAUUCCUUCGAGCACCUCACCGGGCUUCGUUCCUUCUCGCUACAGUCCAAGCGUGUGAAGCGCGUGCCUGAGCAUGUGCUGGGGGCGAUGGUGCGAUUGAAGUCGCUCUAUCUCUGCUGCAAGUCCAUCCAGAGCCUUCCAGACUCCAUCUGCUGCCUCGCCCUCUCCUCCCUCUCCAUCCUCUCAUCCCCUGUAAUCAGCUCCCUUCCUGACAACCUCGGAGCCCUUGUACAGCUUGAAACCCUAAAGCUUUGCAAUCUGCCCAACCUUCAGUAUCUGCCGGAGAGCAUGGGAGAUCUACCACGAUUGAGAUCGUUGGAAAUCAACCAACUGGGUCUGCUGCAGCUGCCCGAAAAGCUGUGCACGGGGAGUGUGAGACACAGCCUGGAGGGGCUUUACCUGUGCGAGUGCAGAGAACUGAGGCAGCUGCCUCCCCAGUUUGGUAUGCUGACGCGCCUGGAGGAGCUUGACAUCACCUCCUGCUCUCGCCUCGAGUCCCUAGAGCCGUUGCUUGCUCCGUAUCCCCCAAUGGGUGCGCAGGCGCAGGCACAGGCACAGCAGCCAUGGGGCCUGGCGUCUCUCACCAGCCUGUCGCUGUGUAGAUGCUCGCGAAUCCCCUCUCUCCCUGAUUCCUUCUCCAUGCUCUCUGCCCUCUCUUCCCUCACCCUCACCCACAUGCACGGCCUCUCCAACCUGCCAGAAUCCCUCGGAGAGCUGGUUAGCCUCAGGUCCCUGAAGCUCCAAUACUCUAAUAAGUUAUCUUCUCUGCCCGAGUCACUCGGGCAGCUGAAAAACCUUGAAACGCUGGAGCUGUGCUAUUUGCCAGAGCUGAACUCUCUGCCCGGGUCACUCCGUUGGCUGCCGAAGCUGAAAGAGCCUUUGCUCAUUGACGUGGUUGACGACUUCGAUCAGCCGAACGACGUCUAUCUCUCCCGCGCGCCGGAGGAUGUCAUCAUUUCCCGGAAUGGAGCGGUGUUGGGAAAGAAGACCAUCUUAAAGAGCGACCACUUCCCUGGCUGUCAGAACAAACGCCUUUUGCCUCACAUCGACGGAGCUCCGAAUUUCCGCCAGAUUGCGGACCUUCCAGUCUACGGCGUGGCCAUUCCGACGGUAGAGGGAAUUCGCAACGUGCUGCAGAUAGUGGGAGCUUCGCGCAAUGGCGGACGGCACGUUCUCUGGCACAGCAUGCGCGAAGAACCGGUCAUCUACAUCAAUGGUCGCCCCUUCGUGCUACGCGAGGUUGAGCGGCCGUUUACGAACCUCGAGUACACUGGCAUCAACCGGGCGAGAGUGGAGCAGAUGGAGGCACGGCUGAAGAAGGAUGUGCUCAGGGAGGCGGCCAGGUAUUCCAACAAGAUCAUGGUGAGCGAUGAGCUGCCUGACGGCCAGAUGGUGGAUCAGUGGGAGCCCGUCGGCCCUGACUCCGUGCAGACGCCUCUCGAGGUGUACGAGGACAUGCAGAGGCAGGGGUACAACGUGGACUAUGAGCGCGUGCCAGUCACCGACGAGAAGGUGCCGGAGGAGGUCGACUUCGACCUUCUGGUGGAGAGUCUGAGCAGUGUGGACGAGGGAACAGCACAGAUAUUCAACUGCCAGAUGGGGCGCGGCCGCACCACCACCGGCACCGUCGUCGCCACCCUCAUCUGCCUCGCUCGCCGCUUCCCCUCCCGCAUCCUGUCGCCAUCAGCGGGCGCCACCAUGCUGGCCAAGGCGGCGUCCACAGCGGGCCACGAGCCAGGCGGGGCCGCCAAGCUCAUGCUGGGCGCCGCCACCACACCAGGCAAGGCGCACGGCGCAGCAGAGGGGGCAGCAGCGGCGGAGGCAGCGGAGGUGCAGGCGGAGGUGGAUCGGGUGCUGCUGGCGGGGCAGUACGCCGUGAUCCGCUCGCUCACACGCGUGCUGGAGGCGGGCAGCGAGAGCAAGCGACUCACCGACCUCGCCAUCGACCACUGCGCCUCCAUGCAGAACCUCCGGGAGGCCAUACUGGGGUACCGCAACCGCAUUCACCGGCACUCGGACGAGAAGCGGCGACAGGCAGCGCUGAACCUGUUCGUGGCGUACCUUGAGCGAUACUACAUGCUCGUCUGCUUCUCCGCCUUCCUGCACUCCCUCACCGCCCCCCACGCCUCCACCCCCUCCUCCCUCACCACCUCCCAAGCCCUGCCCUCGCCCUCGCCCUCGCUGUCUCUGUCGCACAGCAAGGCGGAUGACGCCCCUUCCGCGCUUGGGAGGGUGCAGGAGCCCCCCACGCCAGGCAGGGAGCGGUUGUCGCUGGUGGACGGGGUGGCAGCAACACAGGCGCUGAGGGACGCCAAGGGCGGCUUCCAGCGCUGGAUGAAGGCACGCCCUGAGCUCUACAGCAUCCUCCGCCGGCUAUUACGGAGAGACCCCAUGGGAGCGCUGGGGUAUGCACACCCAAAGCAGGCCAGCAUGCCGCGAGCCCUCUCCUUCUCCCUACCUCAUGCGGUCUCCUCCUCACCCACCCGUGAUGCGGCCACUGCCGUCGCUGCUCUCCACGCACCUGCUCCCACUGGCACUGCUUCACUGCCAGCAGUGGCAGCAGCGGGGCAGGGGGAGGGCAUGGAGGUGGAGGGGGGGGACGUGGAGGCGGGGGACGUGGCGGGGGAGGCGUUUCGCAUGGCGGAGAUGGCGGCUGCCAUUGUGGAGGCGCGCUCAGGGGCCAUGCUCAGCAAGCAGGUGCGCUCAGGGGCCAUGCUCAGCAAGCAGGUGCGCUCAGGGGCCAUGCUCAGCAAGCAGGUGCGCUCAGGGGCCAUGCUCAGCAAGCAGGUGCGCUCAGGGGCCAUGCUCAGCAAGCAGGUGCGCUCAGGGGCCAUGCUCAGCAAGCAGGUGCGCUCAGGGGCCAUGCUCAGCAAGCAGGUGCGCUCAGGGGCCAUGCUCAGCAAGCAGGUGCGCUCAGAGGCCAUGCUCAGCAAGCAGGUGCGCUCAGGGGCCAUGCUCAGCAAGCAGGUGCGCUCAGGGGCCAUGCUCAGCAAGCAGGUCCUCCUGGUUAUAAUUCAUAAUACACGGUUGGAUGUGAGGGCACGACAGCAUGCACACGCAUCAGACGCGCUGAUCAUUCCCCUUCCUCUCCCCCUUUUGCUCCUUCUCCUGCCACCCCACGCCCCCCUGCUCUCCCCCUCUCUUCCCCACCAGACGGUGCUCAAAUCAGACCAUUGCCCCGGCUGUCAGAACCUUUCGCUGCCAGAGCUGCUGGAGGGUGCGCCCAACUUCCGUCAGGUGCAGGGCUUCCCCGUCUUCGGCGUCGCCAACCCCACUGUCGACGGCAUCCGUGCCGUGCUGCGCCGCGUGGCCCAGGCGGUGGGGGGUACGGGCGCGGAGGGCGUGGAGCGGCGGGUGGUGUGGCACAACAUGCGGGAGGAGGCGACGGUGUAUAUCAAUGGCAAGCCGUUCGUGCUGCGCGAGGCUGAGCGGCCGUUCAAGAACAUGCUGGAGUACACGGGCAUAGACCGGCAGCGGGUGGAGCGCAUGGAGGCGCGGCUGAAGGGUGACGUGGAGAGGGAGGCGCAGCGCAGCGGCGGCAUGGUGGUGGUGGACCAUGAGAGCGACGCCGGGGAGCUCUUCCACGCGCUUGAACCCGUGCCCGUGCCCGCUGCCGCCCAGGGCGCUCAUGGUGCUCAUGGUGCCUGCGUGCAGACCCCUCUGGAGGUCUUCCGCAUGCUGCAGCGGGAGGGAUUCAGGGUGGACUACCACCGGCUGCCCACCACGGACGGGGAGCCGCCCAAGAGCCGAGACUUUGACGCCCUCGCCACCUCCAUCAGCAGCGCCGGGCCCCACGCUGCCUUCGUCUUCAACUGCCAGAUGGGUAGGGGUCGCACUACCACCGGCACGGUGACGCGCAUGCUGGAGGGGGGCGCUGCUGCGCGGCACGUGCUGGAUGGCGUGGUGGACCGCUGCGCGCAGAUGCUCAACAUCCGUGAAGCCAUCCUCAGCUACCGGCGUGCCUUCAACAUGCAGGUGCCGUGGGGGAAGGGAAGGGUGAGGACGAGGGGGUGUGGGGUGGGGAUGGUUGGAGUGAAAGAGGGCGGAUGGGGAAAGCUGUGCGCAGAUGCUCAAUAUCCUAAUGCCUUCCAUCAUCUUGCUGCACCUCCUGCGGCCACAUUCACAUCCUCACAACCCGUCCCACACCCACCCCACCCGCACUGCCAGGACGCGGAUGCGCGCACGAGGCAGAGUGCGCUGAGCCGCGGGGCCGAGUUCCUGGAGCGCUACGUCAUGCUCAUCGCCUUCGCCGCCUACCUCUCCUCGCCCCUCUUCCGCCCCGCCGCCCCCUCCCUCUGGCCGCGCUCCUCCUCCUCCUCCUCUGCGUCCCUGCCCUCCCUCCCCCCCUCCUCCUCUCACACUGCCCUGCCCCGCCUCUGCCCCUCCCUGCCUGCUGCCACCAGCUCCUCUCUCACCGCUGCCAGUGGUGAGGCUGCACGCUCAGAUGCAGGGGAUGGUGGCGCAGAGAAAGAGAGAGAAGAGAAGCAUGCUGGGGGGCCGAGUGAGCAUGGGCAUGCCAAGGCUAAUGGAGAAGGAGAGGGAGGAGAGGGGGAGGGUGAGGCGGUGAGCUUCAAGGCGUGGCUGAAGCGGCGGCCGGAGAUUCGCCAGAUGAAGUGGGGCCUGCGCUUGCGCCCCGCUCGCCUCUUCACCAUUCCGGAGGUGGGAGUGCGGCUGCGGGACAGCGAUGCGAGUGCCAGUGGGGCAGCGGGGGCGGUGGAGGAGAGGGAGGCGGAGGACGCGGUGCUGCGGGCGCGGCGCGGGGCAGUGCUGGGGCGCGGGUCCAUCCUCAAGCUCUCGCUCUUCCCCGGGCUGCAGCCGUCCGCCCUCAACUACUCCAUCCAGAUCCCCCAUGUGCCCAACUACUUCGAGGCCCCCGGGUACCCGGUGCACAGCAUGGCGACGCCCACAGUGCAGGGAGCCCAGGCCGUGCUGGCCCACCUGGGCGCCGUGCCUCAGCCCACGCCCACGCCACCCGCUGCAGCAACAACCGGUGGGAGCACUGGGGAGGCGGAUGGGAAGGCGGAGGCGAGGGGCGAGGCGGAGGUGGUGAUAGUGGACCUGCGGGAGGAGGCGGUGGUGUACGUGCACGGCAAGCCCUUCGUGCUGCGCGACGCCCACCAGCCCGCCGCUGCCCUCAAGCACGUGGGCAUUGCGGGCAGUGCUGUGGCGGCCAUGGAGGAGCGGCUCAAGGCAGACAUCCUGCAGGAGGCUGCUCGGUGCGGCGGCAUGGUGCUGCUGCACAAGGAGAGGCCCAGGGAGGGGCACGUGCUGCAGGGUGGGAGCAAGGGUGUGGGCGUGGGUGGCAGUGGGAGUGCGGUUGACGGAGCUGCUUCUGCUGCUGGAGGGAGUGGCGAUGGCGCUGCUGCUUCGCCUGCUGCUGCAGGUGACACCGUUGGUGCGGAGCACACAGCAGGCAGCACAGCUCCCGACCCGCCUGCAUCAGGUGCCACUGUGCCGGUGGGCCCCACGGAGAUCAUCGGCGUGUGGCGGGAAGUGGGGCCGGACGACGUGAAGACGCCAGCGCAGGUGUAUGGCGAGCUGAGGGAGCAGCAGGGCUACCUCGUGGACUACCGGCGCAUCCCCCUCACGCGGGAGAGAGUCCCCGUGGCCUCCGAUGUCGACGCCCUGCAGCUUUACAUUCAACGGCGAGGCCGCAACGUGAAGUUCCUGUUUGUGUCGCACACGGGCUAUGGCGCCAUCGCAUACGCCAUGGCCCUCACAUGCCUGCACCUGCAGGCCACCACUCUCCCCUCGCCUGCUCCCCUCGCCCCCUCUGCCGCCCCCUCGUCUCCCACUGCUGGUGCCACACCAUCCACCUCCACCCUCGCCAAGUCUGCUUCUGCUGCUUCAUCAGUUCCGGUCGCCAAGGCUGCCAGUGGCGGGGGCGGGAAGGGGGAGUAUCGCAAUGUGCUGCAGCUGGAGCGAGUGCUGGUGAAGGGGCCGCACUGCAAGCGACUCGUGGAUGCCGUUGCUCACAGGCUGCUAGCAGUGGGGCGGAUAGUGGAGGAUGCGGUGGAGUACAGGCGGGCAGCGGAGGCGGUGCAGGGGGACGACACGGUGGACCGCGACAGGCGGGCAGCACUCACUGACAUGGGGCUCAAGGCAUUGAGGCGGUACUGCUACCUCAUAGCCUACCGCUCGUACCUCUUCUCCAGGGCAUCUGCCAGUGGUGCUGCCAGCAGCAGCAAGGGCAAGGCUGUGGUGGAGGCAGGGGGGGCCAAGGGAGGAGCAGGGGGCAGCGGGGAGUCGUUUGGCGCGUGGGUGGCGCAGCGGCCAGAGAUAGAGCACAUGCUGCAGCACCUGGUGCUGGAGUGA